AUGGCUCUUGUGAAUUAUUGUUUAUCAGUGUUUGUUUGGCUCCUGAAUAUUGGGAGAUUAUCAUUUAUGGCUAUUAUUAUCACCGAGUUUUUAAAGUCAUUUGGAUCACCAUGGCCUGCUCUGAACUUUGAUGGCGGCAGUGUGAGUUUAACUUAUCAUAUGGAUUCCAUUCUGAGGACUUUCAAUGCCAGCUCUGUACGUGAUGGCGGCAACGAGAGUUCAUCUUGUGAAUUGGAUCCUAAUCUGAUGACUGCCAAUGCCUGCUUUGAACUUGAUGGCGGCAACGAGAGUAUAUCUUGUGAUUUGGAUUCCAAUCUAAUGACUGUCAAUGCCAGCUCUGACCCUGAUGGCGGCAACGACAGUUUAUCUUGUGAAUUGGAUCCUAAUCUGAUGACUUUCAAUGCCAGCUCUGAACUUGAUAGCAGCAGCGACAGUUCAUCUUGUGAUAUGGAUUCCAGUCUGAUGACUUUCAAUGCCAGCUCUGAUCUUGAUGGCGGCAGCGAGAGUUCCUCUUAUGAUAUGGAUUUUGAUCUGACGACAGAAGACGACCACGACCACGACCAGGACGCACCUCGUUUGGAAAACCCAGAAGGACUCGGCCACCUAUUUAGAAUUAAACUAGAAGAGUUCGACCGAAAGACCCAGGACCUCCUCCAGAUAAUCGAGGAGAAGAAUAGGAGGGAGGCAGACCUUAAUGAAACCAUUAGGCAGCUCAACCAGGAACUGAUCAACGAAAAGACCUCUUGCGCCAUAAACCUCCUACACCUUCAUGAGGAGGCUGAACUUCUUAAGAUCGAAGAAGUUCUGGCCAAGGAAAGAGAGUCAUUUAAAGAACUACAGAAGCAAAUGGAAGAUGAAAAGGAAGCGAUGGAAAGACUCGCAUUAGAAAAAGAGCAGAAGGAAAAUGUCUUACAAAUCCAAGAGCAACAGAUCUCGGAGAAAGAACUUGUUAUUAAGGAUUUGAUAAAACAGAACGAGACGCUUAAGAAAAACAUGGAAACGGUGAAGGACGACCUCGAACAAACCCGACAGCAGCAAAUUUUAAAGGAGGCUGAACUUCUUCAGAUCGAAGAAGUUCUGGCGAAGGAAAGAAACUUGUUCAAGGAGGCCAUAAAAAGACUCAUACAAGAAAAGAAAGUGAAGGAACGCGUGAUCAAGGAAUUGGAAAUGCAAAACGAAAGGUUGGAAGACGAAAACAGCAAGAAGGAGAGCCAGUUAAAACAUCUGGAAAAGAAAAGGGACACAAUGGAUGGAGAGCUGCACCAAAUCAGGCUGGACAAGAGCCGAAUGGAACGCCAGCUGGCCGAAGCGAGGGAUAUGAUCGGCAGAAUGAGAAAGCAAAAUGCUGAAAAAACAGAAAGGUUGGCUGCUCUCGAAAUAGAGAUUGAAGACCAGAAGAGACUGGAAAAGGUUGCCUCCACAAGAGACAAUGAAGAGCAUCUGAAAAGGAUUGAAAAAAUGACUGCCUUAGAAAGAGAGAAUGAAAGUCUUUGGAAAGGGCUGGAAAAGAUGGAGAAAAAUUAUAAAAACCUGCUUGUUGAGGCCCAAGCUCAAACUAAGCUCAAAGAAGAUGAAGCUAGGAGACUCGCAUUAGAGCUUGAGGGCCAAAAUCGAGCACUAGGAAAUCUCCAGACCGAAAACAAAAAGUUGAAAGAAUUAGUGAAAGAAAAGCGAGGAGUAAUUGACUCCCUGAAGAGAGAAAAGGAAGCACCAUCAGCCAAGAUGGUGGCUGAUUUAGAGAGGCUGAGGAAGGAGUGUUUCCGAGAAGGACGAACGAAGCAAUCACGACCAGGAAAUGCUCUUACGAACUCUCAAGGCCGAGAAACACCAAAUUUAGCAAAGAUCUGGAGGAGAUGA